UGAACUAACUCACUCCAAGCUGGUGUGUACAGUGUCUGAGCAGCUAACAGCCCAAAAGCUGGAGUCACCAUGGCGGCAGGAGUUGCAGCCUGGCUGCCUUUUGCCCGGGCUGCGGCCAUUGGGUGGAUGCCAGUGGCCAACUGCCCCAUGCCCCUAGCUCCAGCUGACAAGAACAAGCGGCAAGAUGAGCUGAUCGUCCUCAACGUGAGUGGACGGCGCUUCCAGACCUGGAGGACCACUCUGGAGCGCUAUCCCGACACCCUGCUGGGUAGCACAGAGAAGGAGUUCUUCUUCAACGAGGACACCAAGGAGUACUUCUUUGACCGUGACCCGGAAGUGUUCCGUUGUGUGCUGAACUUCUACCGCACUGGGAAGCUGCACUACCCACGCUAUGAAUGCAUCUCUGCCUACGAUGAUGAGCUGGCCUUCUAUGGCAUCCUCCCUGAGAUCAUCGGAGACUGCUGCUAUGAGGAGUACAAAGACCGCAAGCGGGAGAAUGCGGAGCGGCUCAUGGAUGACAAUGACUCUGAGAACAACCAGGAGUCCAUGCCCUCGCUCAGCUUCCGCCAGACCAUGUGGCGGGCCUUCGAGAACCCACACACCAGCACCCUCGCACUGGUCUUCUACUACGUGACUGGCUUCUUCAUUGCCGUCUCGGUCAUCACCAAUGUGGUGGAGACGGUUCCAUGUGGCACGGUGCCUGGGAGCAAGGAGCUGCCGUGUGGAGAGCGCUACUCGGUGGCUUUCUUUUGCCUGGACACUGCCUGCGUCAUGAUCUUCACAGUGGAGUACCUCCUCCGACUCUUCGCGGCACCCAGCAGAUACCGCUUCAUCCGCAGCGUGAUGAGCAUCAUUGACGUUGUGGCCAUCAUGCCCUAUUACAUUGGCCUGGUCAUGACCAACAAUGAGGAUGUGUCCGGGGCAUUUGUCACACUCCGGGUCUUCCGCGUCUUCAGGAUCUUCAAGUUCUCCCGACAUUCCCAGGGCCUACGGAUCCUGGGCUACACCCUGAAGAGCUGUGCCUCAGAACUGGGCUUUCUUCUCUUCUCCCUUACCAUGGCCAUCAUCAUCUUUGCCACUGUGAUGUUUUAUGCUGAGAAGGGCUCCUCCGCCAGCAAGUUCACAAGCAUCCCUGCGUCUUUCUGGUACACCAUAGUCACCAUGACUACACUGGGAUAUGGAGACAUGGUGCCUAAGACAAUCGCAGGGAAGAUAUUUGGCUCCAUCUGUUCCCUGAGUGGUGUCCUAGUCAUCGCUCUGCCAGUCCCUGUGAUAGUCUCCAACUUUAGCAGGAUCUACCACCAGAACCAGAGAGCAGAUAAACGGCGGGCACAAAAGAAGGCCCGCCUUGCCAGGAUCCGUGUGGCCAAAACAGGAAGCUCCAAUGCCUACCUGAACAGCAAACGUAAUGGACUCCUCAAUGAAGCGCUGGAGCUGGCGGGCACCCCAGAAGAGGAGCACGUGGGCAAGAGCACCUCACUCAUCGAGAGCCAGCACCACCACCUGCUACACUGCUUAGAAAAGACCACUGGGUUAUCCUAUCUUGUGGAUGAUCCCCUGUUAUCUGUACGAACCUCCACCAUCAAGAACCACGAGUUUAUUGAUGAGCAGAUGUUUGAACAGAACUGCAUGGAGAGCUCAAUGCAGAACUACCCAUCCACCAGAAGUCCUUCUCUGUCCAGCCACUCGGGCCUCACCACCACCUGCUGCUCCCGUCGGAGCAAGAAGACCACACACCUGCCCAACUCUAACCUGCCAGCCACCCGCCUGCGCAGCAUGCAAGAGCUCAGCACAAUCCACAUCCAGGGCAGUGAGCAGCCGUCCCUCACCACCAGUCGCUCCAGCCUUAAUUUGAAAGCAGACGACGGACUGAGACCAAACUGCAAAACAUCCCAGAUUACCACAGCCAUCAUCAGCAUCCCCACUCCCCCAGCUCUAACCCCAGAGGGAGAAAGUCGGCCACCCCCUGCCAGCCCAGGCCCCAACACGAACAUUCCUUCCAUAACCAGCAACGUUGUCAAGGUCUCUGCCUUGUAAAAUCACUGGACAGAGGGCCUGAGGGGGUAGUGGAGAGUAAAGGGGCUGGCAUGUUGUGGGUAGCCACUGGGACCACUCCCUCCCACUAUUUCUGGCUGCCCCGUUGCACCCCUAGCACUGAGACUUGUGCCUGGAAGGGAAAGGAAGCAGCAAAGGGUACCCAAGGAUCCUGCUGCUGGUGUGGACACAGCCCUGUAACAUUGCAUCUUACUGGGGCCAGAGGAAG